AUGACGAGGCUUAAUAUGAACUGGCUUACAAGCAAGGCCUGGAUGUCGGGGAAGCUGUCACUGGAUUGGUUUAACAACUUCGUUCCUGAGGUCCAGGCCUUUUGUGAGGCACAAAACAUCUGCUUCAACAUUCUCUUGUUGCUAAAUAACACUCCCGGCCAUUCUCCUUUAGUACGAUCAGCACAUCCGAACAUACGAGUGGAAUUUCUACCCCCUAAUACGACAUCUCUCAUCCAACCAAUGGACAUGGAAAUAAUCUCGUGUGUCAAGGCUGCUUACUCCCGUAAACAAUUCAGGAGGAUGCGCUUUGCAACUGAGGACGAAAAUGCUGAGCAGAUGCUGGUCGACAGUGAGGAAGAGGAGGACCAAGAGGAGAAGGAGGGAGGGGGGGACGUAGAAACAGAGGCGGAGCAGCAAGUCAAGCAGUACUGGCGGGCAUUUAAUGUCAAGGAAGCGAUCGACUUAAUCGUUAAGUGUUGGGGUGCAGUGACGCCAGCGACCAUAAACCACGCCUGGAGAAAUGUUGUCCAGGCAGAGGAGGCAAGGCGUGUGGCAGGACGAGGGUUCGACGAGACGACAGAGGACGAUAUACGGGUUAUGUUGGAACCUGUUAUGCCUACAGCUGAGGAUAUUAUGGAGGAAGGCAGCCCAGAAGCACAACCCACCACACAGCCCAUGUCAAAAGUCAGGGAGAUCAUUGACUUGAGAGAACGGUUGACACCACAUCGAACAGCACCCUCCCCCGGCAGGCGACAGUGA